AUGGCAGCGUACGGUGAUGUCACGUGUCUGGGACAUGUCCUACAGGACCUACAGGACAUGCUACGCGAGGUGGACAAUCUUCCGGCGAGCACCGAGGAACAGCUGCAAGGCCAAGCUCUCAGAGGCUUAGCCGCCCUUCGGGCUACGGUGCAGAGUUCGCCAAAAGACAAGCUCAGCAGCAUAGCCUCCCGACCGGAAGCUCUAGAACUCAAGCACAGGUGCAUCUUGUGCGGAUUCUGGACCCCCGAUCAUACCAAGAUGAAAAAUCAUCAACGACAGGCUCAUGCACAGGUCUGGCAACGAGAUGGUCCGGCGGCACUCAAGCUUUGCCAGGCCUACACAGUGCAGAUGAUCAAAGGACACCCAUGUCCCUUCUGCAAACUGCAGGUCUACGACAAACGCAAGCACCCAGAGCAGUGCAUAGUUCUGUUCCAGGUCCUGUUCGGAUGGCACAAGGCCUCGCUGGUGUACAAGCUACCCACGGACGCCCCCCUAGCACAGGCCCUAGCAAAGGCCGUGGCCGCGUGGCAGAAGGGCCACACGCCAGGGAAAGCGCACCCACUGGGUUCAUGUGCACACUUCACAGCGGGAGCAAUGCUCGUCCAGCUGGCCCAGUCUCAACAAAAGCCACCAGGCAUUGACACUGCACAGUUCAAGGCCUUCAUCAAGCUGGUCGAGGACUUCGGCGAAUCGCCGCAUGAGGCUGUGAUUCAUCUGGCAAGUGCUAGGCAGCGUCUAAUUUUGUGCCACGCAGCCUUUCCAAUUGCCAGAUCGCAUUCUGAGUCCCUUCCAGCCUCGUUGCCGCCCAACAUGCCAGGGCUGCAGAGUCACAUUGAUCUCGACUACUACGUUGCCCAAUGGGACAAAAUCCGCGAGCUCGGCCUGGACAAAUCUACCACAACAGUGGCGACCUCGGCAACCUCAGGCGACAAGGAACGGGCCAUGCAGACCAAAGAGCCCACUGCUACAUCAUUGCCGUCGGGCCGUCAACGCCCACCUACGCCACCUCGCUCACCGAAGAAGCGCCAGAACAUGGUGAACAAGAUCCACAAAUAG